GAUUUUCUUCCUCUUGUCCAUAUAUUAGAAACGUAGUCUCUUAAAAGCCCCCCCCCGUAAAAUAUUAAUCACCAAAGCGAAACCCGCCAACCAGAGGCAGCAGCAUAAAGAGAAUGACGACGCAUCGGUCGGUAUUCGACGCUGCGGAGCUUAGGGCCCGUUUUGACGACGCCGGAAUCAACCAUCAGUUCAUCCCUUCCAUUUGGAAGUAUGUGCUACAAAACCCUGGGUGCGAGCUGGACGAUAUUCCCUAUUUGCCCUCUUCUGCUUACCCUCUUCUUCGCUCCAAGUUCAAGCCCCUCACUUCCACCGUUCACUCUGUUUUCCACUCCACCGACGGCGUCACUACCAAGCUCCUUAUCAGACUUCAGAAUGGAGCGUCUGUAGAGGCAGUGAUUAUGACAUAUGAUACCCGUUUAGGUAAAUAUGGAGGAAAACCUCGUCCUGGCGGUCCUAGGUCAACAUUGUGCAUUUCAUCUCAGGUUGGAUGCAAAAUGGGCUGUAAAUUCUGUGCAACUGGAACUAUGGGGUUUAAGAACAAUUUAACCUCAGGAGAAAUUGUGGAGCAACUGGUUCAUGCUUCGCGUUUGUCUAAUAUACGCAAUGUUGUUUUCAUGGGAAUGGGAGAACCAUUGAAUAACUAUACUGCCUUGGUGGAAGCUAUUCGUGUCAUGACAGGAUCACCUUUUCAGCUGUCACCAAAGAGAAUCACAGUAUCCACGGUUGGAAUUAUUCAUGCUAUCAACAAGCUUCAUAGUGAUCUACCAGGUUUGAACCUAGCAGUAUCGUUGCAUGCGCCAGUUCAAGAGAUUCGUUGUCAGAUAAUGCCUUCAGCAAGAGCUUUUCCUUUAGAAAAACUUAUGACAGCACUACAAGCAUAUCAAAAGAACAGUCAUCAAAAGAUAUUCAUUGAGUACAUCAUGCUUGAUGGGGUGAAUGAUGAAGAGCAACAUGCACACCAGCUUGGUAAAUUGCUGGAAAGUUUUCAAGUGGUUGUAAAUUUAAUACCUUUUAAUCCAAUCGGUAGCUUUAGUCAAUUCAGAACCAGCAGUGAGCAGAGAGUAUCGGAAUUCCAGAAAAUUCUUAGGGGUAGUUAUAACAUCAGGACAACAGUUCGUAAGCAAAUGGGUCAGGAUAUAAGUGGUGCAUGUGGUCAGCUGGUGGUGAACCUACCUGAUAAGAGAUCGCGUGAAAAUACAGCUCUCUUAACUGAUAUUGAAGAUCUCCGAAUAUGAUGUGCCAAAUCCCUUUCAGGUGACAUUGAACUGCGAGUUCGCAACUGAGUUACAACAUUGUAUGAUGGAUUAAAACUACCUUCUGUAUGUAUUUUAAAAUGACAACUCUUUCUCUGCGGUUAGGCAUUGUUCUUAGAUAGAUAAAAUCUCUUAUAAGCCCUAAUUUUGGACGCAUUAUCAUGUGAAAUUAUCAAAAUGAAUUUUUUUUCUUUCAUGUUUCUAAUCUGAAGUGGGGCAUGCUCGUGAACUACAAUUGUAAGAUGUAACUAUGAUUCAUGGUAAAUAUGAAAUGCUAGCAACACCAAUGAAGAUGAAGCAGGAUGAACA